AUGGCGAACAGGACGGUGAAAGACGCUAAUAGCAUCCACGGGACCAACCCGCAGUACCUGGUGGAGAAGAUUAUCCGCACGCGCAUCUACGAGUGCAAGUACUGGAAGGAGGAGUGCUUCGGGCUGACGGCCGAGCUGGUGGUGGACAAGGCCAUGGAGCUCAAGUACGUGGGCGGCGUGUUCGGGGGCAACAUCAAGCCAACGCCGUUCCUCUGCCUGGUGCUCAAACUGCUGCAGAUCCAGCCCGAGAAGGACAUCAUCGUGGAGUUCAUCAAGAACGAGGACUUCAAGUACGUGCGCCUGCUCGGCGCCAUGUACAUGCGCCUGACAGGCACGGCCGUGGACUGUUACAAGUACCUGGAGCCGCUCUACAACGACUACCGCAAGAUCAAAAGCCAGAACCGCGACGGCGAAUUCCAGAUCGUGCACGUCGACGAGUUCGUCCACGAGCUGCUCCACUCAGAGCGCGUCUGCGACAUCAUCCUGCCGCGGCUGCAGAAACGCCAGGUGCUGGAGGAGGCCGAGAUGCUGGAGCCGCGCAUCAGCGCUCUGGAGGAGGACCUGGACGAAGUGGAAAGCAGCGACGAUGAGGACGACGAUGAAGACGACGAGGACGAGCGCGACCCGGACGACAGACUCCCAGAGCCGCACCGGCGCGGGACCUACCGCCGCUCCUCGCCGCCGCCAGCCUCUUCGCCGCCGCCCAGCCGCCACCGGCGCAGCCGUUCGCCCCGCAGGAGGAGCAGCCGCUCCCCCAAGGCCAGGCGGAGCCCCCUCGAGUCCCGCCGGGAGAGAGAGCGGGAGCGGCGCCGUGGCAGCAAGAGCCCCAGGCGCCACCGGGAGCGCCGGCACCGCUCCAAGUCGCCGCCCGCCGCUCAUCACCGCAGCAGCGGCGGCCACCGCCACCGCAGCCACUCCAAGAGCCCCGACAAGAGCUCCAAGAAGAGUCGCAAGAAGAGUCGCAGGAGCAACCAGUGA